AUGAGCCUCAACGGGUCCGCUGAAGAGAUAUCAAUGGCCCCAAAUCCAGACCGGACCAGCUCGGCGGAGUCUCACGAAGCUUCCCCAAAAGAAUCCACAACAGAUGGAGCCAGCAAGCCCUCCUCCGAGAAAGCAAAGCAGCCUUCAAAGUUGAAGCAGACAUGGACAAAGAUUGGGGGCGGAAUUCCCCCAGUGGUUGCCCUUGCACUUUGUCAAGCGGACGCAGUCGCGAACCACUUCGGAACCCUGGGCUACCUCGUUGCCAUCGUGUCAGUACUCGGCUUCUGCAUCAUGCCGCGCGCCAAGUUCGUGCAGACCCUCCUGCUAAAUAUCCUGUCAAUCUGUUUGUCUACGGCCGUUCAACUCCUCGUAGUAUACUGUGCGGUCACGGCCCGGCAGCACACAGAAGCUAGUAGCGGGCCCAGCAGCAUGGGUGUGCCGACUCCAGGCACUUCAACAGCGGCGUACAACUCUUCUGCCUCGGCUGUCUCUGCUAUCUGGCUGUUCGCUCAGAUUUACAUGGUCACCACACUCCGUGCCAAGCUUCCGCAAUUGCAGUUUCCCGCCAUCAUAUACUGCAUCUUUGUGUUCACCGCGACAACUUACGCACCGACAUUCCCGAACAUGGCCGCAGGCAUCAAUUUUGCUCGAAACCUUUUCGAGGCAUUCCUUGCGGGACUGGCGAUCGCAGCCGUGGUGUCCUUCCUGAUUGUCCCGAUGAACUCACGGCAGGUUGUAUUCAGAGAGAUGACUGGAUAUCUCCAGACCUUGCGUAAGGUGUGGAAGGUAGAAGUCGCCUAUCUGCAAAGCCUGGAAGGUUUAGAAGCAUUCACUGAGGCGGCGUCGACAGGGAAGAAGGGCAAGAGGACGGAGACUCCGCAGGCGGCAGCAGUGAAGAAGGCUGUAGCUGGCAUCGGUGAGCUAUCCGGCAAGCUCAACGGCGACCUCCCGUUUGCCAAACGAGAAGUUGCAUUCGGGAACCUCGGCCCGGACGAAAUACAGGAGCUGAGCCGCCUGAUACGAAGAGUUAUGCUUCCGACUGUCGGGCUCAGCUCGGUGAUCGACAUCUUCGAGCGACUCGGAGAGUUGGAUUACUGGAAUCGAAAGGCUGAAACUGCGGUGGGUGAUGCUGAUCCACAGGAAAAGCAGAAGCGCGCCAUCCAGGAAUGGAACGACAUAAUGAAGGCAGUCCACGAGCCAUUCUCCUCAAUUACGCAGGUACUGGACGAGGGCAUCUUACAUGCGAUGCUCUGCUUGAAGUUACAGAAGCUGCCUAAGAAGAAGAACGGCAGUAGUGACAACGACGGUUUUGGCGCCGGUGCUGACGAUAUUGAGGCGAGGGGAGAGGAUGCACAACCAGGAGGGAAGGGUUUUGCAGAGUUUCUGGACCGCAAGAGCCAGGAGUUCUACCAUGGUAAGGAGAUGGUCCUGCAGACGUGGUGUGAACGAAAGGGCAUCAGGCUUGCACCGGACUUUUUCGACCAUCCUGCGGACGCUCUGUACAGCACUGCUUCAAUGGAGAGAGUAAUGACUGAGGGCACACAUGCGCGCAAUCAGCGGCAGCUGUACCUGCUUCUAUAUAUGGAGUUCCUUUUCUACUCAAUUAGCCAAAGCGUUCUGGCAUUGGUGCGUUUUGCCGACGCGAAGGUCGCUGAUGGAACGAUGUCGAAAACACGACUCAUUGUGCCCGGCCUCAUCCGAAUGAAAAAGUGGAUGAAAAGCACGUACAAGGUAGAGGACACCUCCGACGGUGAUGAUCGCGUCAUGGCAGACGUUGACGGAGCCGGCAACACGCUGUACCUUGGUGAAGCAUAUCGAAUCAGGAAGGAUCCGGAACAUCUCCCUGCCACGAAUGUGUUCGAAAAGUUUGGCAACGGUGUGAGAACGAUGCCCAGGUUUUUACGUUCCAAUGAGUCUGUGUUUGGAUUCCGCGCUGCUUGCGCUACCAUGUCGAUCGGUAUUAUUGCGUUUCUUGCGGAUACUCAGAGGUUCUUCAUUCAGCAGCGCCUUUUGUGGUCCCUGUUCAUGGUCGCUAUUAGCAUGAACGUCACGGCUGGCUUCAGCAUAUUCAGUUUUGCUCUCAGACUGCUGGGGACGGUUGUGGCUAUGCUCUUCGCCUUUCUUAUUUACUACAUUCCCAAUCGCAAUAUCGCUGGUAUCCUUGUUUUACUCUGGUUGUUCGCAGGGGUGGGCUUUUACUUCGUGGUUAAAUACCCGAGAUUUAUCAUUGCCGCGCUGAUUGGCGUUGUUACGACUACGCUGAUAAUUGGUUACGAACUGGAAGUUCGCAAGAUCGGCACGGCUGCUGCAACGUCCAAUGGCCAGGGCUAUCUGCCAGUCUAUCUGUUCGGACCGUACAGACUGGCUGCUGUCGCCGGAGGUUUGGCCGUCGCUUUCUUCUGGACGAUCUUUCCGUACCCCGUCUCCGAGAACUCCGAGCUGCGGCGCAACCUUGGCGCUUCGUUGUAUCUGCUGGCAAAUUAUUACUCUAUUGUUCACGAGACGGUUCAGGGUCGGAUACGUGGCGAUGAGGGCGAUAUGCUGCUCAAGACUAGUCCCGGUCGAAGGCUAGAAAAAGCUCGAAUCAAAGUGUUCACCAAGCAGACGAUGCUUCUCAGUGGGCUCCGACAGGCAUCUGCGAUGUCCAAAUGGCAGCUUCAGAUUGGAGGGAGGUUUCCUAAAGAGACCUACGACGCGCUCAUUCAGUGCAUACAGAAUGUUCAUAACUACAUGUCCCUCAUUGCCUUCGCCUCUGCUACGUUCGCUAAUCCGGAGGAUGAGUCUGAAUCGGUGUGGCUCUCUGACUUCAGAAAGCUCAUCAGCUCCGCCAACUUUACAUCGCAUGAGAUCACCUCGCUUCUAUCUUUGCUUUCACACAGCAUAGGCAGUGGGCAGCCCCUGCCUCCUUACCUGAAAGCCCCAAAGCCUUUUCAACUCUCGGCGCGCCUCGAAGCUAUGGACAAGGACAUCUUGAGCGUUCGGCACUAUGCGGAGCCCGGUUACGCCGCUUUUGCGGUCCUGCAAAUCUCCACUCGCUGCAUCAUCGGAGAUCUUGAUAACAUUCUGAAGCAGGUCAAGAGCCUCGUCGGCGAACUCGACUUCUCUUUCCACGUCGUCAGCACAGCGUCAAGCUCCACCGCCUCUAGUGAAACCCUGUUCUCAAGUGGCGGUGAUCGAGAAAAAAACGACUGA